AGUGUCACUUUUGUGACGACCUACUUUAAUUUUUCAAAAAUAAAAAUAAAAAAAUAAAUUAUGAAAAAAACAGUCAACUAAACAAACACAAUUUUCGUAUUUUCAAUAAUUACAUCAUCUUAGAAAUUUGUUGUUCACAAACCCGACAUGUCAGAAUGGAAGCAUUUGAUUACUGAAUGGGUUAAUGAAUAUGCAUCAUUGCAAGAAAAUGAAAUAAAAAGUUUUGCAGCAGAGCAUGAACAUAACCAUGAGAUUGCUACAGCAGUAUUCAAUCUGUUAUACAGUGAAGAUGAUGGAGAACAACAAUCCAGCCACAAAGAUGAGGCCUAUGAACAGGUUAAAAAUGCCACUUAUGAAUAUACUAUUACAGGGUUAAUAAUUAUAAGUACCCUGAGAUGUGGUAGCUCAGGGGUAAAGCUCUCAUUUUAAAUUGAAUAGGAUGUAAGCAAUCCAUGCUUGAUCAGCGCCAGCACGAAUGAAACUGUAAAUUGCAAUUUUUAAUGCUGAUUUACCAAGUGAUCAACAGUUAAGGAAAACAUUCUGAAAAAAUCGGUGAUAUAUGUGAGAACUACAAAAAAACAUUUUGAAGACAUGUGAAGUUCGCCAACAUGUAUUGGGGCAGUGCUGCAGACAUUUCCUUGCCCUGUAAACCUCUCAGAAAUUAAAGGAGACCUGAGCCCAGCUAUGGGACGUAUAUGGACUGUGCUUGAAAAUGUUUGUGUACAAUUAUUCAGUUUCUACAGAUCAAAAGAAACUGAACUUCAGAGAUUUACCUUACAAUUUGUUCCAACCUUAAUUUAUAAAUAUUUAAGUUCAGUAGCACAAGGUAGUACUAAGAAUUGUCGGUGUAUAGAAACUCUCCUCAUUGGCCUCUAUAACUUUGAAGUUGUGGAUGAAAGUGGUAAACCAAAAGUAGUUUCUUUUAGAUUGCCGUCUUUAGCCCAAGCUUCAAUUUAUCAUGAGCCAUUAUCACUGGGGUCGCAGUUCUUAACUGAAAGUGCAUUAAGGAGAUGGGAGGAAUGUAAUACUAAACUUGUAAGCUGGGGACCAUUAUCCCAGGUGGAAGUAAUUAAUGCACAAAAUCGUUUGAAAGUGAUGGCUGCUUUACUAUUUAUUUAUAACAGACAAUUAAGCUUAUUGCCAAAACUAGCACUAAGACAUUUUUGUAUCGCCGCUUCAAGGAUUGUGACACAAGGAUUUCAAAAGAAAAUUGGGACUUCAAAAUCUAUCCCGCGAAUACCAGUGUCGUCCAAUUUCUUACUAGAAAUGGUAGAAGGAGCAUACUUUGCGAUGUUCAAUGAAUUUUAUACUUUAGCAUUUCAAGCAUUAACAGAUAUAGACCAGAGGGCACAAUAUGAACUGUUUCCUGAUGUUAUGCUAGUAACUAGUGCCGUAAUAAAUUCUUUGAAGAAUAAUCCAGCAGGUCAACCCUGUGAUGGUCCAAUGGGUAUAAGUGUAGCACUCUCACCAGCAACAACUACGGUUACAAUGUCUAAAUCUAUGAUUACUAAUGCUUCUUUCCGUACCAAAAAAUUACCAGAUUUUCGGGAAAAAAUCGUAAAGCCUUUCCUUGAAGCAUAUCAGUGUAACACAUCCAAAGGAAAGGUGACAUUUAAAUGUACAAUAUGAGAAUGAAAAUAUGCAAUAAAAUUGAUUUGGAGUAAGAGUAAAUUGAUUUGGAGAAAGAUUAAGUGUCAACCACGUACAUCAAAUGUAACUGAACGAAUUAGAAGACUCUCCGUACUAUUCAAAAACCUAAGUACAGUUGCUCCAAAUAAAGUGCUACUACAAACAAUUGCACAUUGCUCCCAAAACAUAUUGUUCACGCACCUAGUUGCCCACACUAAGGUCUACCAGACAGGGGCCCAUACAGCUGUUAGGUUCGACGAACAACUAAGUGUGGGGACCCAACUGGCCAUAUGGAAAAUGUUCUAUCCUACUACACUUUAAUGGGAAGGCUAGUCAAAUAAAGAGUACUUACCUGUAUCUGAGGCGACGACUGUCUCAAGGUUCGGUCAGGACAGAGACGAUAUUCCUAUACAGACAGGGCAAGUGGCGCCCACAGAAUCGCCAGACAUGCUUACAUCAAUUACCGAAGAAGGAGAAGCAGACGCAGCACCUAUACAACGAGGCGCAGUUGUUCGCAAUUCCAAACCUAAGUUAAGUUCGUUUCCUGUUUUGGGCAAAAAGUCUAAAGACGGAAAAGAGAAAGCGGUAACGACGAAUGAGAAAAAACUUCCUGGUAAAGAUUCUUCUAAAGGCAUAUGGAAUUCGCUGAGCAGCGGUGGUGGCGACAUGGUGGAUUCACAGCAAAAAACAAACGCCUCAGACAGUUCUUUCGACGCUAACAGUAGUCUGAAAGACGAAAUGUCUUUGUCUUCAAUUCAUAAUAGUGGAGAGAAUUCUGACGCUCGGUCUCAGGUCACUACUGACUCGUUAGAUUUGGAAACACCAACAUCUCGCUUCGCCGCUAUGCAAGUCAGCUCCGUCUAAUCUACCGAUUUAAGAUCAUUUAAGAUGUUUUUUUCUGUAAUAAUGCUUAGUAUUUGGUGUUUGUUAUCAUUAUAUUCGUAUUGUACAAAAACAAAAAGUGUAAAGUAUGAGGAUGAUAUGUUUGACAGUACUUAAAAGCAAAAGAAAUACAUAAAAAAUUGAAAUAUAGGUUACUGGAGAUCUUUUAUGUCCUGCCAAUGUGUUAUUAAUUAUUAUGCAUUAUUUAAACAUGUUGUUUUAAAUAAUUAAACUACUU